UGAAUGACACUACUGGUACACAAAUGUCUUGCGCCCAUCGCAAUCCCGGUUGUAAUAUAGGUUUGAUUGUUGGAACUGGUUGUAAUGCCUGCUAUACGGAAAAAGUGGAAAAUUGUGAGCGUUUAGAUGCGAAAUACAAGGACAAACCGAAGAUCAUUAUAAAUGUGGAGUGGGGCGCGUUUGGCGAGAAAGGAGGCCUUGAUCAUUUGUAUACCGAGUACGAUAGGGUCGUCGAUAAAAAUUCGCUGAAUCCUGGCGCACAGAUUUACGAAAAAAUGGUAGCAGGCAUGUACCUGGGCGAAUUGGUACGUUUGAUUAUGAUGCGCGCCGUUAAAGAGAACUUGGUUUUCUCUCAGUGUAAACUUCGCAAACAUAUCACCGAUAUCUUGACGAAAAGGCCACAUUGCAUCGAAUCCAAGGUUCUAUCUGAAGUUGCCAACGACAAAGGUGAUGAUUGGCCAGUCGUAAAGAAUGUUUUUAAACAAGUCUUCAAUUUGAAUGAUCCAGAUCCUAAAGAUUGUAUGAAAUUCAAAUAUAUUUGCGAUGUUGUUGUGAAACGUUGUGGCAACAUGUUGGGCGUAACGCUGGGCGCUUUAGUAAACAAAGUGGGCGAAAGCUUCUCCAUCAUAGGCGUAGAUGGUUCUGUUUAUCGCUGUCAUCCGAACCUGGAUGGCUACAUGCGUGAAACGUUGGACAAAUUCGUUGAAAAGGACUAUAGAUAUGAUAUUAUGCUUUCCGAAGAUGGUUCGGGACGUGGUGCGGCAUUAGUGGGUGCUGUUGUGUACAGAGAUUAUAUGGAUAAAACGAGACUAAAAUGAAUUACAGCAGGAAAUUUCAAUGAUGUCUUAAAAAAGUCGGUUUUUUACAUUUCAAGGGGAUUCGAUUCAAAUUACAAGCGUUUGAAGGAUAUAGCAGUUGGAUAAAGAAUCAAAUAACUAUUAAAAUUUAAAGGCUAGCUUAAAGCUGCAAAAAAUACAUUACAA